AUGCUUUGUUAUGACCAUCUUUUGACCUUCGAUGAUGAGAUAAAAUAUAUGUGGCAAAGGAAGAAGGCCUUCCCCUUCUAUCUCUUUCUAAUUUUUCGAUACAUUACCCCCAUCGUCUCACUUAUCAACCUGAUCUCGGAACACGACCCGAACUGGAUUGGAGCUGCGUGUAAUAAUUGGAUUUGGCUACCAGUAGCUAUUGGGCCGAUUGUCAGUCUUGCAACUGGAAUUAUCUUGAUCUUGCGAGUUCACGCGAUUUACUCUCAAGCCACUUGGAUUCUAUGCGUCACCUUGCCGAUUUAUAUCACACAACUGAUUGUUAUGGGUUGGGCCAUUCCUGCGGCUGUUCCAGCGAAUCUACCACCAGGAUUUAUUGGAUGUAUCCCCGUUCCGAAGCUAGAUACUGGCCUUCGACUGGCCUCGAUUUACAUCGCUGCACUAGCUUUCGACGCUACGAUAUUCGCUUUGACAUUUGGUCGAGCGAUAUACUCUCGCCUUACUGGUUCAUCUAUCCCUCUCAAAACGUUGAUUAUUCGAGACGGAACGUUGUACUUUGCUGUCAUUUUCGUUGUGAAUUUAACUAACGUGCUGUUGUUAACGCUCGCUCCGCUCGAUCUGAGCGCUAUCAACGCCCCGUUCGCUUCUAUGAUAACGGCUAUAUUAGUUGCUCGGUUAAUGCUCCACCUACGUGCUGCAGCCGAUACCCAGAAGGUCUCAUACGGAGCACGUCCUCCUCAGGCCAGAGUGACUAGUACCCUCCCUGAAGAUAUCUACACCUUCAACCGCGACAGUGUUCAAGCCGCCGGAGGUGGUGGUGCAGGGUCAUCGGAUUUAUUGGGUCGUAUGGGUGCAAGCGGGUUCGCCGUACCGCUACUGGAUACAAUUUUUGAGGAGAGGUCGUCGGAUCAGAAUACACAAGAAGGUAGUCGUGAGGAGGUGUGA